AUGGAUGCAGCAAACAAAGAAUGGCGCAAAUAUUGGAAAAAAUCUGAAGCAACAAUCAAAAAUCAAAUUAAUCAAUAUUUGAUUGCUAGUCUAUCUAUUGUUCGAACAACUGCUUUUUUUUUACCACCCAAUUCACUUGACUUACCUAGUUCAGAAUUAUCAACUUCGAACUCAGCUGGCUCAAAAUUACUAGUUUCAGAUUCAAGUUCAUUAUUAUUAAAUAAAACACCUAUUGCUCCUAAUGCACCAGCUCAAUGCAAGUCUUUAAUGUUGAUUCAAGAAGCCGAAGUUAAAAUAACUGAAUAUGAACAUUUACUGAUAAAUACUAGUGAUAAGGAUCUUUGA